AUGGAGAUCGACAUGAUGCCUGCUAUGAGUUUCAAUCCAGUAAUGGAUGGCUCAGCAGAUAACAGAAGGCCACGCACAGUGCAAUCCCAACCAUGUGUAUCUGCGAUAUUUGUGCACGCUGGUGCAGGUUAUCACAGCACUACGAAUGAGCACAUUCACUUAGGAGCUUGUAAUGAUGCCGCUCGCGCAGCGAUGAGAAUUCUCAAAGCUGGCGGUUCAGCUGUGGAUGCAGUCGAAGCUGCAAUUAAAGUCCUCGAAGAUAAGGAAAUUACUAACGCCGGAUAUGGUAGUAACUUAUCAAUUGAAGGCAUCGUUGAGUGUGAUGCAACAGUAGUAGAUCAUUUGGGUAGAAGUGGUGCCUGUGGUGCAACCGCCCAGAUCAAAAAUCCUGUCAGUCUGGCCAGAUUAAUUUUAGAAGCCUCAAGUCGACCAUUAUCUUUACGAAGAGUCCCACCCAAUCUUCUUGUCGGUCAAGGAGCGACGGAUUUCGCAUGGGAACACGGCAUACCAAUUGUACCACAUGACAUGAUGUGCUCUAAGAAUGCUCGCGAAAGAUACAUACGAUGGCGUGAAGAUUUGCGUCGUGCUGAAGGUUGCGGACGCAUGACGCCAUCAAGUACAAACAGUAGUCAAGCUGCUGAUGAUGAAGCUGCCACACGGGAAUAUGAAGAACGUGUGAGAGCAAAACAACGUAGGGACCAUACCAACGCAAUUAUAACUGGCACAUGGAAUGAAGGGCAGCCCGACUCUCCUUCAACAUCGUCACCGGGUCGUGCAUGUCCUCAAGAAUGCGGUCCACACACUCCACGUCCUGGUACACCUCCUGGCCGAGGCUACUUUCAAAUGAACACGCCAGGUCGUGGAGCUUCUCGCUCUCCAGUGGGAACCACACCAGCAAAACGUGCACGCCUUGCAGCACUUAGCGAUGGCAGUUCGGGACGCGUUCAUUCUCUUUUGUCUCCAAGCGUUACUACAAGUGGUAUUUCCAGCGAACCAAAUAUAUCUGUCAACACUUCAGUAUCUACUAUCGAAAGACCAUCUAGUACAGACGGCCAUCUUUCCCCAACGGAUCACGAAAAGGUUAUUGAGAUGCAUUCUAUACCACUAGAUUUCGCCCAAGAAGGAACCAUUGAGAGCCCUCACGAGUCUGCCCCAAAGCCUGCUUUCCAGAAGGAGGAUGUAGAUCUAAUUACCGAUACCGUGGGGGCUAUCGCGAUUGAUAUGUAUGGCCGAAUUGCUGCGGCAUCUUCUUCUGGCGGAAUUGGGAUGAAACAUCGUGGUCGUGUUGGGCCUGCUGCUCUUGUAGGCAUUGGUACGGCUGUAGUUCCUUGUGACGAGAGGGAUGAGGAUCAAGUUUCAGUUGCUGCAGUUACUAGUGGCACAGGAGAACACAUGGCAACUACCAUGGCUUCACAGAAAUGUGCUGACAGACUAUACCACAACACCAGACGAGCUCGUGGUGGCCAAGAUAUGGAAGCUAAUGAAGACGAAGCUAUGGAGUCAUUUGUUCAAGCAGACUUUAUGGGUCAUCCUGGUGUUUGUGGAAGUAACUCCGCUGGUGCAAUUGGUGUCAUGGCUGUUAAGAAGACCCAGUAUGGGUACUUCUUACACUUUGCCCACAACACCGACUCAUUUGCCUUGGCAUCUUACGCUUCAAAUGAGAAGGACGCCAAGUGUGUCAUGUCCCGUCUUGGAGAUCAUGGCAACGUUGUCAGAGGAGGCCGAAAGGUCCGGAUUGAGAAAGAUUGA